AUGAAACUGUUUCUAACAUUUUUACUGUUGAUUUCAAGAAUCUAUUCAGUAGUGAUACCAUCGCCUCUCAAAGAUGUGCCAGUUUCAAUCGCAGGAACUCGCGCAAUAAAUCUCGAUAUGAAUGUUCGAUUAUUGACAGUAUUAGCAUUGCAACAAAGUGUAAGUUAGACAAAGUUGGUUGGUAGAAAGUGGGAAUAUAGGCGAAAAUGAUAAAAUGAAAUGAAAUGACACUGAUUUUUUCGAUUGGGAUGAAACAAAAUAAAUCACUAAACGAUGAGAACAUUCCAAUUGUAGGCUUGAAAAGGUUAAGGCUCAAACUAAGACCGAGUUUAUAGGAAAAAUAAGAAGACUUGAUGGUCGAAUGAAAAAUCAUUCGUCGAGUCAUCGAAGAUCAAUCUUAGGAUAACCGUUUGAUAUAUGGGCGAGUUCAAAAUCAAAAAAGAAAAUCAUCUAUAGAAAAUCAGAGAUAAAAUUCCGCGAUUCUCCCCCAAGUUUUACAGAAGUUUAGAAGAUUUCCGAUAUCCCGAUUCUAGCUCCAAUCCUUUUUUCAGUCCCAUCGUAGCCAUUAAAACAGUCCAAUCUCUGAAUCUAUUUCACUGUGUAUAAUCCUUUUCUGACGCAUGUUACUUUUUUUUUAUCAAAAGGCGUUGACCCAAAAAUGACUCAAUAUUAUUUUUCCUCAUUUUUUCUCCAUCAGACUUUACGACUUUUCCUUUACCAAUAGUUCAAUACACGAAAAGAUAGCAUCAUUUUUCCGAAUAAAAACUGAUAAAAAUACAAUGUGCUUUUUGUGGAGUUCUUUGUCCGAUGAAAGAUUACGUGAGAACUUUGAAAAAAGUAUAGAUUGUCUCUGGAGAGGUCUCGUGAUUUUGACUACUCAUAACUCCUAAUUUUAGUAAUUGGUUGAGCUUCUGACGAGAGUAUCACAUGCACUUUCCAAUAGUUCAAAACAUCCUAAUUGAAAAUCAUCCUUCGGCAUUUCGUAAAAUCAUCCAAUGAUGGAAAAGUACAUUUAUGAUUCACCACAAAUCCAAGAAAUCAAGAAAGGAAACAUUUUUGCAGGGUUGGCAAAUGUAUGAAGACCAUUGGUACAAACUGUUCGAAGUUGAUUUGAUGUGGAUUCCAGCAGAAAACUUUUGUAGAAGUAUGGGAGGACAUUUGGCGAGUAUCAAGGAUGAAUCAGAAAAUCUAUUUAUUCACAAAUUGCGAAAAAGUUGGUAUUAAAAAAAAUUUGACACAGGGAAAAAAGGACCAAAUUUUUGUUUGGAACGGUUUUUAAUUUUAAAAAUAUUGGGUUGUUUAGAGACUCAUUUUGAUCGUUGAAUUUCUAUAAUCCCGCUUUUCAAAAAAUUAGCCCAAUUUCGAACAAAAUUGUUUCGAACUUUGGCCAAUUUCUUCAUCGCAAUUUUCGAAUUUCAUUUACAGAAAACAACAUUUGGAUUGGUUUGAAUAAGCUAAAUGACACAAAUCAAGUCUACAAAUGGUCCGAUGGAACACAAGCUGAUUAUUUGAAUUGGGAUUCGACUCAACCAAAUGAGCCAUUGGUCGAUUGUGUUUAUAUGGCUUUUCAUCAAGAACAACGAGGAACUUGGUUCGAUUAUGGAUGUAGAGAAAUGUUGCCACAAUUUUUUGUGUGCGAAUUGCCUAUGCCUUGA